UAUUACGGUUGGCGUUGUCGUCACUAAACGACGACGACUUGUUAAAAUCGGUAUUGGCGUAGUUGAUAUCGAUACCUCUUGACAACUAUUGUCACAUCUUUGGUACUGGCUAAGCAAAGUUGCUGUCGACGUUGAACUCACACGACGCCAUUUCUGUCGACACCGUGUUUACUGACGACUGGAAGAAAAUUUGUAAGUAUAAGUGUUUUUUUUUUUUAAGAAAAAAGGCCGUUAGUACCAGAUUUUAGACAUGAAAAUUACAAGCGCAGAACAAUUUGAAACUCUUAUAGCUGAGUUAGAAAAAAGCCCUUGCCUAGCAAAGGGUUUUCAAAAGGGAACAGCUCCAGCUAAUUUUAAACAGCAAUGGGAGACAAUCAGCAGUAAAUUGAAUGCCCUUGGGCCCCCUUUAAGAGACAGCGAUGGUUGGCAGAAGGUGUGGCGAGAUUACAAAUUUAAAGUUAAGAAGAAACUUAUAAAAAACAAGGCUGAGUGUAAUGCAACAGGUGGCGGAAGGUAUAAACAAUUAACCCUCUGCCCAUUGGAAGAGGCUGUAGCCAACUUGCUGCAGUUUAACAAGCAGCUAAGUCCAGAAGGUGUUUUGCAAGGUGUUCAGUUACCACCAGCGGAAACACAACACCAAACAUCAAGUGCGGUUGAAUUUGCUCCACUGGAUGGCGCUCAAAUUAUUGAAUGCAUUCAGUUGUGCCCACCAGAUUUGCCAUGCGAAGAGGAAGAACCCGCAACUUCAGCGAGCGCCAGGAGCAGAAAUCAACCAUCCACUCCAGCCAGAACACGAAAACCAAAAACGAGCGAGAGGAACGACCUUUUGGAAAGGCACAAUAGUAUGCAGGAAAGAAUUUUAACUGACGCUACAAAUAAAAUGGGAUCAAUGAAGCAUUCCUUACGCGAUACGGCCGGUUAUCAGAAGAAACUUCUCGCAAUAGAGGAAAAGAAGCUAAAGCUUUUGGAAAAAAGGGAUCGCAGAGAGGUAGAAUUGCACAAAGCUGCAAUGCAGUUAAAAGAAAUAAAAUUAGAAAUUGCCAAAGAAAAGCUUAGGAAUUUAAAAAAAAGUUGACUGAUUUUCAUGUAGAUAUGUACCUAUUUAUUUUUUAUUUUUAAGUACCCGUGAAUUGUUUUUGUUUAGUACGUUAAAUAUUAG